UUGGUAUUGGUAACCGGUAGUGGUGGUGUAUUUUGGGGUGGAAGAAAGUGUAAUUUGGAGCCAAGGAGCACAUAGCACCUUUAAAUGAGUAAUGACAGGUUAUUCAUUUAAGAUCAUAUUCUGGACACUUAAUAUUGAAUUUGUCACUUUAUAUAUCUAUAGCUGUGUAUUUGUUUCCAUAAAAGUGCACAAUGGGCUUAGCGACGCUACUGGAUUGCAGGCAUGUAGUGUGGAUGAGUAGUGUGGAUGGGGUUGAGGCUCCCCUCGCCUGUUAGUUGACGGGUCUCAUCCUGUGUUGACUUUAUGGCAUCCCCUCCCACCAUGUUGAAACCACUAUGCUAGCUACAUCCAAACAAUUAUUCGAUCGGUUCGUUGAUGACCACAACUUCUGGAAGUUGUUACAAGAAAUGGGAGUGUAACACAAGGGAGACUACGAACCUGGUUUGAUUCCAUUUUGGCCAUUUACGAGAUGCCUGAGAUCCGGGACCUUUCUGAGGCGUUGCCAGAGAUGCCUAUGGACCCCAUCACUGGAGUUGGUGUUGUAGCUUCCAGGAGCAGGGCACCAACCGGUUAUGAUGUUGUGUCAACAACAACAGAUGGUCUGGAUGCUGAUCUUUGGAAAGAUGGACUUUUCAAGUCCAAGGUGACCCGCUACCUGUGCUUCACCAGGGUCUUCUCCAAGGAAAAUAGCCAUUUAGGAAAUGUUCUUGUUGACAUGAAGCUGAUUGAUAUAAAGGACACCCUCCCUGUAGGCUUCAUUCCAAUCCAGGAGACUGUUGACACUCAGGAGCAGGCCUUCAGAAAGAGGCGACUCUGCAUAAAGUUUAUUCCCCGAGACUCGACAGAGGCCGCCAUCUGUGACAUUCGUAUCCUUGGAAGGUCCAAGCAGGCUCCGCCUCAGUACACCUUCAUCGGAGAACUAAACAACAUGGGUAUCUGGUAUCGCAUGGGUACUGUGCCACGAACUCAGGACACCUCUCACACGUCAACUGUGAAUGACGUCCAGAAUAUGAAUUCUACCUCCACUUCCGCCUCUGUCCCAGCACCUCCAAUGACCAAGAAUAUUUCCAUGACCCUUCCUGCCAGUUUCAGAGGGAAAAACGCUACCAGACCAGAUUAUGAGCACCAAAACUCCAACCUCUAUGCAAUCUCAGCAAUGGAUGGUGUGCCCUUCAUGAUCUCUGAGAAGUUUGCAUGUGCCUCAUCAGAGUUGCAGCAGGUGGACCUUAUUGGCAUUACCAUCAAAACAUUGGCUGAGAUUGAGAAAGAGUAUGAUUACAGUUUUCGCACGGAGCACAGCGCUGCAGCCCGCCUCCCUCCCAGUCCAACUCGGACCUCCUUGAGCUCUGAGGCCUGAUGAAUCCACUUCAGCCCCCCACCUCAGCCCCUGCAAGAUACGCCUGCUUGUAUUUAUUGAGGGCCACCCCACUUGGACUCGCAUACACUCCACUCACCCGCAACAACUGUGUGGAGGAUGGGAAAUAGCAGUUGGAGUUCUCUGUGAGGAAGCAUUUUAUUCAAGUGAAACAGAAGUUCAGUGUGAGGAGAACCACUACACACAACACUGAGCCCAAGCUGAGUUUAAAAAUGGAAUGGGAUAACCCACUCUUUCAUGUCUUGGAGGAAAUUUAGAUUCAUAACUUUAAACUUUGUGUCCGGCAAGAAAAGCAAUGGACUUAAAUGAAAUGAAUUAUGUGUAUUUCUGUCAGUUCAGUCAAAAAUUGCUUGAAUCCUUUGCCCAGUGAUUUUCACUGAUUUGUUUUUGGGCAUUGAUUCAUUUCCCUCUCAAGAUGUUCCUAUAACCCUGCUUCAUGUUUAAUAAUAAGCAUGCUUGCUGAAAUCAAACUGAUUAUGAGCCAGCAUUGCUAUGUAUUGACAUUGACUGACUUUUGCAGGACUAGAACUAAGCGGCUAAAACCAGUAUUUUUGUCAGGUCUGGAUAGAGCUUACCUAACAGCACCAACGUUUUUAGAGUUUUAUUUAAACCAUACAAUUGCACUCCAAAUUAUUCAAACCUCAAAUUAUUCUGUAUUUAUUUCAAACCAAACCAAACCAGUGUAAAUAGCUCAACCCGUCUAUAUCACAGAUGGUCGCAUUUCCUUUAUUGGUCGUUGCGGGGGUCACGAUAAACUCUGCUCACAAGUGGGGACGAUACAAUAUUUUAACAGUACUUUUAAGAAAAUUAUAUACAAUGACAAAAUAUACGACUGGACAAACAGACUUUUUUUUUUUUAUUUAGCUGAGUCACAAAACAAUGCAGGCACAUUUUGAAAUGUUUGCUAACUUUGCAUGCAUGACCUAAGCACGAUAUUUUUAACUGUUCAACUUCUUUCCACAAAAUAGAACCAAAACAAAAAAUAAGUUAAAAUAAUGAGGGCAGUUGUAGCUGCUGCUACUAAUCAUUUAUGUUGAUGUGUAGUUAUAUACAGACAUGUAAAAUAGAUAGCAGAUUGCGGUAGAUUAGCUUGUUUACACUAAAAGAACUACAGUUCCAAUGAUGCUUCGAGUGCGCUACCAGGAAGUAAUGAAGUCCUGUGCAGCCAUGGUGUUUCGCUCUGACAAAUCUUAAGUAACUUUGAUCAAAUGUAAAAUUACUACAGCUUCUGCUUGGACAUUAUUAACACGACGGCGGCGGCUGUUCAACUCCAAAAAAAAAAAAAAAAAAAAAAGUUACACGUCGCAAGCGAGUGAUGCUGGUAACACCGACGUAGGUGGGAUUGCAAGGUGUUUAGUGUGCGUAAAGCACUUGAUGUGCAGUUCCAAUCCAGUAUUGCGCACUGCCGCUUCCAUACUAUGUGUAUGAUCAGACAGUGGUGAUGCCAUAGCUCACCGUCCGACUUCUGGCUGCCCUGUUCUCGCGAUACAGCUUUUCUCUAAAUGAGAAAUAGCAAGUUUUAGUCGUGUGACACUCCUAUGGCUAGCUAUUAAAAGUUAGUAAGUUUUGAAAAUAAUGUAACUUACAAAGCGGCUUGUAUAGUUUCAAGUGCAACUGUAUGCUUUAUCUUAAAAUGCCUGUCAUGUUUAAAAGUUGAGUGAAACUUGUUUUUGUCAUCAAGUCUUUUUAAUCUGCAUAUAGAUAUUGUCCAUAUUAAAUCUAGAGUUUUCCUUAA